AUGACCGUAUCCGAUCUUCAGUCUGACCUUCACCUUCGAUCAGUUCCGGUCACAUACCUCGAUAGGAAUGGGAAGCAGCAUCAAGUCCACCGGCCCGUGCACCAGAUUCCUCACUAUACAUUCGGCCGCGUUGUUGGGUUUGAAGACAUAUCCUUAUACCUUUUGUUCCCGAACCUGUAUCGAGAAGAGCAGACGUGUAGUAAGCUCAAGGAUGAAGUCUUUCGGCUGUGGAUGGAUGGCAUUCUCCUCCCUGCGAUAUACCAAUGCUACAGCACGGCCCACGUCCAGCAUUAUCCAUCGAGCUAUGACCACAGUCGUUAUAACUCUACCGCUCGUGGAGUAGAGACACUCUCUCAACGUGUGCAUGCGGUGGCACGGGAACAGCAAUUGGUGUACUUUCUACCACCGGAGGCGCUGGCAGAUGUGUGGGCCAAUAUCGUCGCCACAGCGAAGAACUUGAAGGUCCUCACCAAGGACGUUACCUGGGAUAAAAUGGUGUCGCGAUUUCAAAGGUACUGGGUUAGCGCUGUUGACGAAAGCCACACCACAACAGACCUGUACUUUGAUGUUGGGAAAGAGACCUGCUCUCAACAGGCAUCCCAAGUUGUCCCUUGGAGUCAACUGGCAGCUGGAGUCAUAGAUGACGGAACGGAGAAAAGAGCGGAAACGCUGCUGUAUCGGCGAUGUUGCCUGGAAUCUUACGGCCUCCAGGUCAGCAAUGGGUCCGCUGGCGACCAAGAGACUCAAAAGCAGGUCUUUUAUCCGUUCAGUAUGCUUCGAGACACUGGAAGCUUGACCAUCGAGACUGGAAAGCGCUCUCUACGCCGCGCUGCUGGCCUUGUCGUACCUACCGACGAUAGUUCCCCGUACUAUAGUUUCACGACUGAUACUCUUCUUAGGUGGGUGCGGUGGAAUAUCAACAAAUUUUGUUUCGGGUUCGAGAUGGUACAUAGCUUCCAGGACCUUCACUUCGUCACCUGGGAACAUACGCGAAUCAUGCUCAUGUUCCUCCGCUGCCUCCAGUUCUCCUAUUCCGGCGGGCUGAUCCAGAAGGUCGGCGGCUGCUGGCAGGAUGUACGGCUUCAGCCCGACCCGCGCCAGCCAGACGGACUAAGGCGCCACGAGGGUCUUGGAUUCCAGCGGACCAUGGAUACAUAUGGCUACGCAUGGUUCCUCGAUAAAAUCGACUGGGAUACGCUCACGCAGCCCCACGCAACCUACAUGAUGUUUAACAACCCAUCGAUGCAGGCUGCCUACCAUGCUCGGUACCGCCAGAUUCGGGACAUGCGCAUCGACUUUAUCCGAGUAGGCAAGGUCCGCCAGUGGAUGCACCGAGCCUACCUAGACUAG